GUGAUAUGGAUCUGACUAUGUUUGUUUUCCCUAAUAAACUAGUUUCUUAUUUUAAAGGAAGAUAUUAAGAGACAGUGUGCAUAGGCUGCACGCUACUCCUGGGCACUUGUUAGACUCUAUCAAGUCUUCCAGAUCACAGAAGUAAGAAGGGAAGAACCAAGGGUACUGUGAUCUCCUUGCUUGCUACAAUACAGUUCCAAUCCAUGUCUUCUUCCCUCACGAGGUUAUUAUUCAGUUUCUAACAACUGCGUCUAUAUGCUGAUUCCUACUAGUCUUGGCAGAUUGAAUAUUCAUCGCAGUUCAUCUGUGUUCGUCCUUCCUUCUUUUUGUCACACUGCGGAUUCGACCCGACGUCUGAGGCUUUGUGUUCGCUUGCCUGAUUGCUGGAUGCUGUUAUAUGUAACAAAUGGAUCAUGAAGCCUUCAAGCUCCAUCACUUGGAGCGCAUGCUAUUUGAUGAAAAUGCAGAGCCGGCAGACCUGCCACUAUCACUUUUGGAAGCCAUCACGAAAAAUUUCUCAAAUGAUCAGGAAAUUGGCAGGGGUGGUUAUGCUGUGGUUUAUCAGGGCCUCCUUCGAAAUGGGACAGUCGCUGUGAAGAAGCUGUUGGAUUAUGUUGAUUUUGAUGACCAAAAAUUCAUUCGAGAGAUUGAUUGUCUAAUGAGAGUGAAACACAAGAAUAUAAUUCGAUUCCUGGGAUACUGUUCUGACACACAAGGCAAACUGUUCAGUUUCAACGGAAAGAUUGUCAUGGCAGACUGCCGCCAAAGGUUUCUUUGCUUUGACUAUGCAUCAGGAGGAAGCCUGGAGAACUAUAUCACUGAUGUGUCCACUGGACUUGAAUGGCAAAAGCGCUACUCAAUAAUCAGGGGAAUCUGUGAGGGCUUGCAUUACCUUCAUAGAAUGCAUAUUGUUCACUUAGAUCUUAAACCAAGCAACAUUUUGUUGGACAAUAACAUGGUGCCAAAAAUUUCUGAUUUCGGAUACUCAAGGUCCUUUCAUGAAAAUCAAACCCGAGCAAUCACAACAACUCUUGUUGGAUCUAUCGGGUAUUUGGCACCUGAAUUCUUUAAUGGAGAGAUCACAUUCAAGAUAGACAUAUAUGCCCUUGGUGUCAUAAUCACAGAGAUACUGACAGGGAAGAAGGGAUAUGCAUCAGUCGUCGAUGUACUUGAAUGCUGGAGAAACCGGUCCAUGAAGUCAGGUGAAGACAUACCGUUGGAACAAAUUAGAGUAUGCGCCGAGAUAGGCACAUGUUGCCUAGAUUCUGACCCCAAAAAGAGACCAGAUAUACGGCAUGUCAUUGAGACCCUUGAUGAAACAGAAAGCAUUAUGUCAGAUAGACAAUGUAUAACCGAGAUGCAUAAUGACACAGAAAGCAUGGACAAGUCCAUCGAGCUGGGCACAAUGAGUACUUUAUUGCGUAUAGAGAAGACUUCCAAAGGGCUACAGCAAGACGAUACAUCCAUGAUGUUAGGAGUGGAAAGCAAUCAGAAUAUGGAGCUUAACAUCCUAGAACGCAUAGUAGCUGGAAGUGAGGAACCGGGCCCUCUAGAUUUGCCACUUCUACAGAGGGUCACCGAUAAUUUCUCCGAGGAGAGAAAGAUUGGUGUUGGAAGACAGGGAGAUGUUUACAAGGGCAUCCUUCGAAAUGGGAUUGUUGCUGUGAAGAGACUUUUCAAAAGCCGUGCUAUUGAAAAUAAGAUGUUUCAUCGUGAGGUUAAAAGUCUGAUUAUGGUUCGGCACCAAAAUAUAGUACGGUUUCUUGGUUAUUGUUCUUUUACAGAAGAACAUAUGGUGUCAAUUGAAGGAGGAACUAUUGUGGUCGAUAUACAAGAAAAGUUGCUCUGUUUUGAGUACAUGAGCAAUGGAAGUCUGGACAGCCAUCUAACUGAUGAAUUGAGGGGCCUUGAAUGGCAUACGCGUUACGAAAUUAUUGUGGGAAUGUGCAAGGGCUUGCUUCAUCUUCACAAGGAGAAGGAUGUCAUCCACAUGGAUCUCAAACCAGCCAAUAUACUACUAGAUAAUCACAUGGUGCCAAAAAUUACAGAUUUUGGUUUAUCGAGACUUGAUAAUAAUUCACGUGCUAAAACUACAUCACUUCUUAUAUCAUUAGGAUACAGUGCACCAGAAUAUGUCUUGGAAGGAAAAUCAUCAAGCAAGUCAGACAUAUAUAGUUUGGGUGUAAUAAUCAUAGAGGUGGUCACCGGAAGCAAACAAAGGAUGCCCAAUAUUACUAAGUCGCUCAGAAGAUGGAGGUACAGGUGGAAUAAAUCAGCAAAACAUACACCCUUGGGUUAUCAACAAGUGAGUAAAUGCCUUGAGUUGGCAGAGAAAUGCACGCAAGUUGACCCAAAAGACAGACCUGACAUAUCAAAUAUAAUAGAUGAGCUCAACCUAAUAGAUAGUAUGGAAGAUCAAUUCCAGGUAAUCCCUUGCUCGGAGGGCAUGCUUGGGAUUGACCCUCUCGAAAUACAUAUCUCCUUUGAACAUGACCAGCAGAUAUGGAAGUCAAUAGAGCUGACCAACGACACAGAUGAUUGCUUGGCCUUCGUCACAAAGGCAAGCCUACAGUGCUUACACAUUGAGCCAGACAAAAGCAUUGUCCCACCACGAUCCAAAUGCAAUGUUACCAUUACCAUGAUGCAAGAGCAGGUCAUGGCACUGCCAAAUAAUCACUACACGGAGGAAAUCACCGUGCUGAGCACCAGAGUUAAUGGAGGUCUCACUGCUGGGGAUAUAACUGAACACAUGUUCAGUGACAGGGAUGGUAAUGUGGUUGAUGAGGUGAAUGUGAUUGUUGCUUUUGGCACACCACCAUUGGGCGAGGAAUUCUAAAAAAAUAUUCUGGAUUAUCGAGAGGCAGCAGAGUUAUAUGGAGAGACCACAUGUGUUUUGACGCUGAUAUACCUAUGUGGAAUUUGUAAACGGACAUAUGCUAGUAUAGGGCUCGAACCCUUUUUUUUUUUGCAAAUGUCAUACAUAAAACAGUUGAUCGAGGUGUUUUAGGUUAUGGUACAAGUAGAUGAUAUGUGAAAAUUGUAUGAUGACAUUGUUCAUACCAAAUGUUUUAUAUCCUAGGCAAUUUAAAAGGAAGGUGCAUAAAUUUUGAUAGUGAA